UCUCUCCAUCUUCACCAGCUGCUGAUCCAACUGAAGAUGGAGAUGUCACAUUACAGUGUUCCCUGGAGAGAUUCAACUGGAUUUCUUUUUGUCCAAAGAACAGCCUCCUCUGGUUGGAUGAGAGAGGAACUGUUCUGACUGGUGAAGGUGUUGGGUACCAGUUUAGACAGACUGGCUGUGAUUCUUAUCUCACUGUGAAGCUUCACAACAGCAGCAGAAGAUACACCUGCCAGUUUGUUGAGGGAAAUACAGUGAAGAUAGAAGCUCACUACCAGCUGGAAGAACACUUCAGGUCAUCCACAGGUUUCCCAGACUGGUCUCCUCUGAGCUUCAUCAUGUUAACUCUGAAGAUCACAGCACUGAUCCUGAUGGUUGGAAUCACUGCUGAUAUCAUCAGAACCAGAGGAAGAAAAAAGCCUCAGAAAGACAUUGAUACAAACCUCAAGUGGUAUACUUGCUCUGGGACUUUCCACUGGUUGAAUGAGAAAGGAACUAAACUGACUGGUAAAGAUGACAGAUACAAGAUAAAUAAACCAGGUAGUUGUGUUUCCUCUCUGACUGUGCAGCAUCAGAGCGUCACCAACAGAAGAUACACCUGCCAGUUUGUUGAAGGAAACAGUGUAAAGGUAGAAGCUCACUACCCAGCUGUGCUUAAAGGUAUCAAAAGAGAAGGAGUCCAUAUCUACCACAGAGCUGGAGAUGAUGCUGUUUUACCCUGUAAAAGACCUUCAUCAUCCUCUUCCUCAUGCUCCACUGUUAACUGGCUUUAUAUGAGAGAUGAAGACAUGAAUCCUCAGCAGGAAGUUCAGAGAGGAAACAUUGUUCAGAGUUCAUCUAAAGCUGCCAGGCUGAGUGUGGACAAUAACUGCUCUCUGAUCAUCAACAGCAUCACUGCUGAGGAUGCUGGAGGUUACAGAUGUCAGAUUCAGGAUGGAGGCAGCUCUGAUCCAGAUGUGUAUCUAAAUCUGAUGAGCAUCUCUCCAGUAGAAGCUGAUCCAAGAGGGAAUAAAAUCACAUUACUCUGUUCUCUGCUGAGAUUCAGCUCAUUGGGUCCUUGUCCAGAGAACAGCCUCCUCUGGGUGGAUGAGACAGGAACUGGUCUGACUGGUGAAGGUGUUGGGUACCAGUUUAGACAGACUGGCUGUGAUUCUAAUCUCACUGUGAAGCUUCAGAGCAGCAGCAGCAGAAGAUACACCUGCCAGUUUGUUGAUGGAAACACAGUGAAGAUAGAAGCUCACUACCAGCUGGAAGGUUUCCCAGACUGGUCUCCUCUGAGCUUCAUCAUGUUGACUCUGAGGAUCACAGCACUGAUCCUGAUGGUUGGAAUCACUGCUGAUAUCAUCAGAACCAGAGGAAGAAAAAAGCCUCAGAAAGACAUUGAUGUUCAUGAUGCUGUUGGUGACGACACAGUGCACUAUCAAAAUGAUGGAGAAUAUUCUGCUUCUGCCACUAUCAGCUGA